AUGCACAAUAUUAAAGAAGAAUACAACAUGCAGAUGAUAAAUAAGGAACAGUUUUCUCCAAACAAUAUAAAUUGUCAUAUAAGAGAUUUAACUGCAGAUAUUCAUACAGGUAUGCAACAGUGGAAUGCACUUCAUUUACAAGGAAUAACAUUGUUAAAAAAUAUAACUCAAGAAAAACAGAAUGAAUCUUACCCUCAAAUACUACAAGAAUUAUGCGAUAAAUUGGAAAUUAUUUGUGAUGCAUUGGAUGAUAUUGUGAAAAAUUUUGCUGAGAUUACACAUCAAAUAAAGAUAACAAGUUUUUUAAGAAAAAAUACAGACAAAUUAUUUACAACAUGGUCCAAUGUAAAAUUUGGAGAAACAGCAGAAUCUAUAUAUAAUGCAUAUUCACAUGAAGUAAGAAUAAAACGUAAAAUUGUGGAAGAUAUAGCACAUCAUUAUACUGAUUCUUGGAAAAUGUUAUUCCUUGCAAGUUGGGUGCAUCAACCAUUACUGUCAGAGAGUCUAAGAACAUCUUUGGAAUCAAUGUUACUUGAGACUGGGCAUAGAUAUUUAUAG